AGGAGACUAUUCACAUCAGUUACAUCAUCAGCAACUUUAAAGAGAAUGCUCAUCGUACCAGUACCCGCAUUAUCAGACAACUACAGCUACUUGCUAGUAGACACCAAUACAAACAAGGCCGCAGCUAUUGACCCUGUCAACCCAGAGGGCAUGACACUAGCCGCUCAGAAGUAUGGUGCAAAGAUAGAAGCAAUACUCACAACUCAUCAUCAUAAUGAUCAUGCAGGUGGCAACAAAGUAAUGAAGACAUUGUUGCCAGAGACAACACCUGUAUAUGGAGGUGAUGAUCGUAUACUUGCUAUCACUCAUAAGGUCGGGGACAAUGACGUCAUCAACAUUGGUGACCUAACAAUCAAGGUGUUACUAUCUCCCGCUCACACUACAGGUCAUGUGCUAUACUAUGUAAGCGAUAAGAAGGACACACCAUGCUUGUUCACAGGAGACACUUUGUUCAUUGCUGGAUGUGGUAGAUUGUUUGAGGGUAGUCCUGCUCAGAUGUAUCAUGCGUUGUACAAUGUUAUCGGAUCAUUACCAGACGACACUUUGGUCUACUGUGGACAUGAAUACACAUAUAAGAAUCUACUAUUUGCCAAGUCAUUGGAGCCAAACAAUCAAGACAUACUGGUACGUAACAUGUUGGAAUGGACCGAGAAACAGUUGGAAGAGAAGAAACCAACUGUACCAUCAACCAUUGGCAAGGAGAAGUCUUUCAAUCCAUUUAUGAGAGUUCAUCUUCCAUCAGUAGCCGAGCAUCUUCUGAAAGAUGUACCAGGUUCCUCUCCAGAAGAUGUGUUGGGACACAUCAGGAAAUUGAAGGACAGCUUCCAACCAAAU